UCGCUUAUCCACCGUCUCCCCGAAUAGUCCCUCCCACACCGACGAGUAACCAACAAUCCCACCCGCCGGUUGGUAAUCCUCCUCCCGGAUCCCGAUCUCCGACCGACCCGACCUCCCGGCGAUUCCGACCGACGCGAUGGCCCCCUCCGCCGCCGCCUCCGCGGCAAUGGUAGCGGUGAUCAUUCUCCUUGUCGCGGGGGCCUCCGGCGCGCGCCUCCAGGGCCGCGCGGCGCCGCUGCCGCGUGGGGGCGCGCCGGCGACGGCAGUGUUCGCGCUGGGAAGCUUCUGGCGGUCGGAGGCGUCGUUUGGGUGCCUCCCCGGCGUGAUCCGCACUUCUGUCGGCUACGCCGGCGGUUCCAAGGCCAACCCCGAGUACCGCAACCUCGCCGACCACGCCGAGUGCGUCAAGGUUGAGUAUGAUCCCCGGUUGAUUCACUACAAGCAGCUUUUGGAUGUGUUCUGGGCAAGUCAUGAUCCUCGGGAGGUGUUUGGGCAAGGACCAGAUGUUGGUAAUCAGUAUAGAUCUAUCAUCUUCGCUAAUGGAACCAUUGAGGCCAGAUUGGCUGCUCUUAGCAAAGAAAGAGAACAAACUAAGGAUCGCAGCAGUGUUAUUACCACACAGAUCCAACCAUUGGGGUCAUUUUAUCCUGCUGAACCAGAACAUCAGAAAUUUGAGCUGAAACGCAAGCCAUUCCUCCUGCAACUGAUUGGGAACCUGCCAGAGGAGGAGCUCCAGACAUCGACUCUAGCUGCAAAGUUGAAUGCAUAUGCUGCUGAGCUUUGCCCUGCAAAUACCCAAAAGAAAAUUAGCUCCAAGAUCGAUGAGACCGCUAAGAAAGGAUGGCCCAUCUUAAGGGAAAAUUAGUUCAAGCUGGCUUCUAGACUCAAACCGACUGUUGCAACGUAGACACAAGAGAUGUGCAUGAUUUUGCAGAAAGGAUUUUUGUAGGAAUAUUUUAGCAGUUCAAUGUUGUCGGUGUUACCAUUAUGCUGCAUCCAAUCAGUCAUCCAUUCUUCACUUCACUCUUAAAGAUAUAUAGUUGUUCAUAGCAUCUUCAUUUUGAGGUUUUCACUAUAGAAGCUGUAUGUGUUGCCCCAUUUGUGACCUGAAUUUAUGGUCCGAGCUUAUUGAACAGACGUUGAAGUUGUAAGUUGUAACUUUGGUUGUUUCAGUUGUGAAAUAUAGAUAGUACAUUCUUAUUCA